AUGGACAAGAUUUUCGUGAUUGGUGAUGAAGAAGACAAUACAUAUAAGUGGGAUCGAGAUAUUCCAACAGCUUUUAUAACAACAACAAGAAUGCCACGAAAAUCAAUCAAUAAAAACGAUAUAAAUGAAUUUAUUCUAUGGUUAUAUGAAUAUCUCAAUAGUAUUAUACCCAUAUCAUACAUAUAUGUUUUAUUUUUAAGUGCAAGUGUAUGUUGGAUAAUACAUAUCUUAUGUUGUUCUAGCAAAGAUAUUGAUCGUAUGGAUACAAAUGGAAAUUCGAAAAAAAAAAAAAUAUAUUCGACGAAAAUCUAUCCAAAGAAAGCAAUCAUACUUCAUGUUUAA